GCCCAAAAGUAAACCACUGGAAUACACAACUCGGGUCAUGAAUGUAAACCCAGAGAGGCCUCCGAAGCACUCAAAAACCUCAAACUAGUCUCAGAGGUAUGCUAUAGCAUCAAUGAUUUUAUCAACUCUGUCAUGUUAAGUAAGCUUUAUUCAUGUGGGUUUUUGCUGGUUGGUUGGUUUCUUGUAGAAAGUUUAACAAAUUUCAUCCAUUUAUGCGAUUUAACUACGUUUCUGCUGUAGCCCAUUUGAGUUCUGACUUGUCUGAAUCGAAUUCUGACGAGACCCGCUUAAAUGCUGAUGAAAAAAUUGUAUAUACCCAGAAAAGUUUGGCUUUAGUUGAUGAUUUCCAUGAUUUGGAUUCUUCGAAAGUUGCUUCACAUUUGGAAAGUUUGAGUGAAAGUCCCAGACUUGCUGUGUCUUAUUUUUAUAAAGUUAAAGAACAUGGAUUUCGACAUAGUUAUUGUACUUUCUUGGCUAUUCUUAAGAUUUUGUGUCAUAAGGGUAUGGUUAGAAUGUUGAAAACUGUUUUAUUGGAGCUUGUUGACUUGUCGGAUAGCAAAGCUUUAGGUUUUGAGGUUUUGGAGUUAUUUGAUGAGUUAUCGGAGGAGUUUGAGGGUGAGAAGCAGGAUUUGUUGAUUCAAGUGGUUGAUGUGUUGGUUAAGGUAUAUGUUAAACUUGGGAAGUUUGAUGAGGCGAUUGAUACUAUUUUUAGAACAAAAAGGCGGGGUUAUCUGCCUAGUAUUUUGACUUGUAAUUACCUUAUGCAUCGGUUGGUUGAGUGUGGUAAGAUGGAUAUGGUUUUGGCGCUAUUUUUACAGUUAAAGAGGCUAGGAUUUACUCCUAAUGUCUACACGUAUGGGAUAGUGAUCAAAAUGUUUUGUCUGAAGGGGGAGAUGGAAGAUGCGACUUAUUUGCUGUAUGAGAUGGAUCAAGCCAACGUAGAACCUGAUGUUGCAAUACAUAAAACUUAUAUAGAGGGGUUAUGUUUGCAUGGAAGUUCAGUUUUGGGAUAUGAUAUGCUAAAGAUGUGGAGAAAUGCUAAGGUUCCUUUUGAUGCAUCUAUAUACUUAGUUGUAAUUCACGGGUUUGUCAGUGAGAAGAAGCUGAUAGAAGCCGAGGAUGUCUUGGUUGAUAUGGAAGAAUUAGGGAUUGCGAUUGAUGCUGACUGUUAUAAAGCCUUAAUUAAGGGGUAUUGUGAGGCUGGGGAUUGUACCAAGUCUUUGGCACUUCAUCUUGAAAUGUGUACAAAGGGUAUCAAGUCUAAUUGUGUUAUCGUUAGCUACAUUCUGCAAUGCUUGUGUAGGUUAGGUUUCAUUUCUGAAACGCUGGAUCAAUUCGCAAACUUUGGGAAAAUGGGAAUUUUUUUUGAUGGAGUUGUUUAUAAUAUUGCCAUUGAUGCUCUUGGGAAACUGGGGAAGCUGCAAGAAGCGUUGGAGUUGUUUGAGGAGAUGAAGAGUAAGAGAAUUGUCCCAGACGUUAUCCACUACACGACUCUGAUCAACCACUUCCUCCUACAUGGUCAGUAUUUUAAAGCCUUUGAUUUUUUCAAGGAAAUGAAGGAGAAGGGUCUAAACCCUGAUAUUAUCGCUUUCAACGUGUUAGCUGGUGGGUUGUCGAGAAAUGGACUCUCACAUGAGGUACUUAAUCUGUUGGAUUAUAUGAAAGGUGAAGGUUUGGAAGCAACUAAUGUUACAUACAAUAUGAUAAUUGAGGGUUUAUGCAUAGGAGGGAAAGUGAGGGAAGCUGAACUUCUUUUUGGUAGCUUAGAAGACAAGGGACUUGAUAGUUAUUCUGCUAUGAUAAAUGGGUACUGUGAAGCGAAGGAGACAAGUAGAGCAUAUGAUCUUUUCAUGAGGUUGUCUAAGGAAGGACUAUUAAUCAAUAGAGAAGCUUGCCUAAGACUUCUUAGUAGCCUUUGUACAGAAUGUGAAUUUGGCUCUGCUUUAAUGAUAUUUAAGACUAUUUUGGCUUCAGAAAAUGGCCCUUGUAAGAGAAUGUGCGGCAAACUAACAACAUCACUUUGUCGUGCCGGAUAUAUGAAGGAAGCACGUAGGAUUUUUGAUACAAUGAUCAAAAUUGGGUUAACCCCCGACGUCAUUACCUACAAUCAUAUGUUGAAUGGUUAUUGUAGGAGUAAUUACAUCCAUCAGGCCCAUGAUCUUUUUGAAGAUAUGAAGAAAAAGGGAAUCAGGCCUGACAUUAUCACUUACACAGUUAUGAUUCAUGGGUAUAUUGAAUCAGAUAUAAGAAGAGCUAACAAGUUAUCUGGUCAAAAUGAGUUGAGGAAAGAGGAUGUUUUAACCUUUUGGAGUGAAAUGAAGGAAAUAGGAAUAAGCCCUGAUGUUAAAAGUUACACAGCUUUGCUGUGUUAUUUUUGUCAGUCGAACAAUUUUGAAGGUGCUAUUGGCCUACUAGAUGACAUGAUUUAUACAGGUGUGGAGCCAGAUGUAUUGACUUACACGGCUCUGCUAAGUGGCUACUUUCGGCAGGGUGAUAUAGAUGGAGCAGUAAAUCUUAUCAAUGCAAUGGAAGCUAGAGGGAUAGAGCCAGACGCCCGUACCAUGUCAGUGCUUGAAUUUGGCCUUUCAAAGGCUAAGAAGUAAAGUGAAUAUGCAAAAUUCAAAGGCUUCUCUAGUUUUCAAGGUUGGCCAAUGAUGGUAGUGUAUUUAUGCCGUCCGGGAAUACUCAAGAAGCAUGGCUGGGAGGAAAGUUUUUGUUUGGCAUGACCAUAGACUUUCAACUGUUCUGCAGUCUUAGGCUUGGCUCCUUAUUCCUGGACAAAAUAUUUCUUUAUGGCGAACCUGGAAUCUGUUAGCAGAGGUUGGUGUUGCUGAGAUCGUAAUCAAUGGAAGAACAGGUGGGCAUGUUGCGCUAGCUGUAUUUGGACAUCAAGUUUAUAAGACUUUCUUAGGCAUGUUUUGGAGAUAGGGAGCAGUCUUUAAAGAUCUCCUUUAAUUGAUUUUAGGGGCAAGACUUGGUUUCCAUCUAGUUAUUCUUGCGUUACGCUGUUUGAUUUCUCCGUGUGGCAAACUCGAGAUCAAUUCGAUAAAAGAUAGAGAAAUUCAACAGAUAAUUGGACUUUGCACGUCUCCGGGAAAAUGUUAGUUUCAGAAAUCUUCGCAAUCUGAUGACAUCUGAUGCCAAUUUACUGUAACUGAAUGCUAAUCUAAUUGUCCCUAAGGUGAACUGAAUGCUAAUCUAUUUGUCCCUAAGGUUACCAUUGAAGACGAGUUGGUUUAUAUCUUACAGAGCCAGCUUGGUGUACAUCUGUAUAUCAGUUACCUGCAAGUGCUAUAUUUAAGGACCGCGUGACAUGUCAAGAAAUUGCAUCCUGAUUGUGUUUGUACCAAGAGUAUGAUUUUGUUUCCUCCAACGAAGUUAGACUGUUGAUUAUUCAUAUAAUGAGGUUCACUGUUCUAAAUAGGAGUUUUGACUCGGGACAGGCAUAGAUGACUAUAUUCUGACAAAUCAUAGCAGUUCAUAUUCAGUCAUGGAAUUGCUGACCCUGAGGAUGAACUCGAGGAGUUCUGUGAGUUUAGAAGAAAUUCUAAGCUCUCGUGACCCUGUUAGAGAUUGUGGCUAAAAGGAAUCUUUAAAAGCUCUCGUGCAGGGGCAUUUUUGGGCACUCGUAUUACAGCUCUUGUCUGGGGAGUGUAUAAAGGUGGAUAAAUAAAAUAGUGAUGACAACUGGCUUGAUGUAGUUACAGCAAUAUCCUCACAAGCUGCAAACUUUGUGAAACCAGACACUAGGAGCGGAGGUAGUAUGGAUCCUGUUGAUUACAUAGAAGUUAAAUGUAUAUCAUCUGGAAUUCCUAGUGAAAGUAAAUUCAUUAAAGGAGUAGUGUGUACAAAAAAUAUAAAACACAAGCGCAUGAUUUCACAAUUUAGAAACGCCAGACUACUUAUUUUAGAAGGAGCACUUGAGUACCAAAAUUUUCCAAAUGAACUUGCAUCUUUCGAUAUGCUACUAAAACAG